ACAGACAUGGACUGUGAAGAAAGGCUUAUCCCUUGUAGAGAGGACACUGACCUCCAUGUCGCCUGCAUGGACGGGAACCUACAGCGAGUCAGAGACAUUCUGGACCAGAGUUUGGAGGACAUCAACAAGCAGGGGAAAAGAGGAAUGACACCAGUGAUGUGGGCAGCAAGAAGGGGACACAGAGAACUGGUUGACUUACUUGUGAAGAAAGGUGCUAGUCUGAUACUUGUGGACGAUGCCGGUAACAACAUCCUUCACUGGGCCUGUUAUGGAGAGCAUGUAGCAAUGGUGGAACAUAUCGUCUCAAAGAACAUAGUGGACACCGACAGAAAAGGGCGGGAUGAGAGAACCCCACUGAUGUGUGCAGCUCGGCAGGGGGAACUAGACAUGUUUCAGUUACUUGCAAGCAAAGGGGGUCUUCCUUCACAUGUAGACAGAGAUGGAAACAACAUCCUUCAUCUCGCCUGUUGGGGUGGGAAUGAGAAGAUUGUGAGCUACAUCCUCUCACAUGACGACGUGGACAUCGAUGGUAGAGGACAAUGCGGGAAGACUCUAUUGAUGGCGGCAGCAUACAGAGGACAUGGAAAGAUCUUCGACCUACUUGUGACCAAAGGGGCUGAUCUCACAGUAGUUGAUGAUGCUGAUGACAACGUCCUCCAUGCGGCAUGUCUGGGGACACAUGUGAAUAUUGUGAACCGUGUCCUGGAUCUGGCCAGGGUGGACAUAAACAGUCGUGGUCAGUUCAGUAGGACACCACUGAUGAUGGCAGCAAGGAUGAGGGAUAGAAGAAUAUUUGACUUACUUGUGAAAGAAGGAGCUGAUGCAACACCAGUGGAUGAUGAUAGUAACACCAUCCUCCAUCAUGCUGCUGAGGGAGGGAAUGUUGAUAUAGUGAAGCAUGCCCUCGGGGUGAAGAAUGUGGACAUCAACGCCAAGAACAAGCGUAACGAAACACCGACCAUGCUGGCGACAAAAGGUGGUGACGUGUGUAACCUCCGGGUACAACGUGGUGGACUCAUACAGUAACUGAAAGAAAAGGACUGGUUAAUUCUCCAGAUGGAAAUGCCUGUAUGAUAAAAUAGUUCCACUGCUUAUCUGAAAUGUUGUCAGCUUUGUAUUCCUCCUCAUCGUGUGUAGGACGAAGGUCAAAUGAAGAUAAACAAAGCCUUCCCAUGAAAUGCAGACAUUACUGAUCGGAAUAUUCUGCAUGCAGUAACAGUUGCAGCUGAUUCGAUUCCAUGGUAGUCACACCCUCUGCUCAAACAUUGGAAAGACAUCUGCCUCACUGUCCCGAGGUCAGCAAAUGUAAACAA